GAAUGUCGCGUCGGAUGCUUAGUGCGUGGGAAAUUCAAGUUCAAUUUUGGACCGGAAGUGUCGCGACAUACUGCGACCAUGUAUGAGACUUUUAGUCCUUUUUCUUUAGGCAUCAGCGGCGCGUUUCCGGUGACGUUUGAGUAAGCGACGAAAGUGCUGGAGCAGGAGGCCGGGCGGCUGUGGCUUUGACUCAGGGCGGGAACUCAUUGACUGGGACUCAACUACAGUUGAAACAAGCACAAAAUGGCAUACAGAAGAGAUGAAAUGUGGUCUGAUGAGCGCUACGAGUAUGAAAGACUUCCUCGAGAGCGGCUUCCUCCACGUCCUGAUGGUAUGCCGUUUACAUUUGGCAACAUAAAGUACCAGGAUGAGUAUCCUCGAGUCGUCAGCUUUGGGCCCAAGAAACCACAAUUUCUGGAGAGACCUGGGGAAGGAAGUUACAGUAGAUAUGAAUAUAGUCAUGCUCAUGUUGGCUACCGAGAGUAUGAAGGUGGUCGUGGUUUUGCCCAUGAAAGAAGAAGUGGCCCGCCACAUAGAAGUGAUGAUCCAGAGUAUAGAUGGCCAAGAGAUGAACAUCCUGCUAGUCGCCAGCCUGAUUACAGGGAUAUCCGAGAUGGCAUACGACGAAAAAACAUAUAUCCUCACUAUGGAAGAGAUCGAUCUCCACAUAAGAGGGAUUCUCCUUACUUCAGGGAAUCACCAGUCAGCCGAAGGGAUUCUCCUCACAGCAGAUCUGGCUCCAGUGUCAGUAGCAGAAGUUAUUCUCCAGACAGAAGCAAAGCUUAUGCAUUCCACCAGUCCCAACAUGGUAGAAGUGUAUCAUCUUUACAUAAAAGAAAUAUUUCACAAGGUAAAGAAAGAACUUCUCAGCCUCUGAAAACGUCAAGAGAUGUAUCCCCCUCAGGAACCACAGCAGCAGCAACUUCUAAGGCCUUGGACAAAAGCAGCAGGUUAUCAGAAAAGGAACUUGUAGAGGCUGCAAGUAGGUGGGCCGCUGAAAAAGCAGAGAAAACAGACACAAGCAAUUUGCCUGAAAUUUCAGAGUAUGAUGCUGGAUCCUCAGAACCGUUAUAUGUUGAACAACAUGAAGAAAAUAGUGCCAAUAUAACUGACAAUAAUGAAUUAUUUGAAGAUAGCCAGCACAUUAGUCGUUCAAAGGCAAUUGCUGCAAAGACAAAAGAGAUUGAACAAGUCUACAGACAAGAUUGUGAAACAUUUGGCGUUGUAGUGAAGAUGCUGAUUGAUAAAGACCCUUCUUUAGAAAAACCCAUCCAGUUUUCCUUGAGGCAAAACUUGCAUGAGAUCGGUGAGAGGUGUAUUGAUGAACUUAAACACUUCAUUGCAGAUUAUGAUUCUGCCAGUCAAGAAUUUGAAGAACAGUAAAAUCAAGUCUGGAUUGUUAAUAUUAUGUAAAUACUACUUGUUUAAAAGUAACAAAUGUUCAUGACUUCACAUCAACAUCUGUACAUCCUACAGCAGAAUUUUCCCUUUGGUCAAUGUUAAUAAAUCCUGAACAUAUUUAUGUAAUAAUCCCUUUGCCAACGUGCAACCAAUUCAUUAUUCACUUGUAUCUCAGUUCCGAGUAAAAACCUUAUUUCUGAAUUUGAAAUAAAUAGGGGUGAGUGGGUGCUAUAAGUUGAUUUUUGCACAUGGAACAAGAUUUCCUUCUGUAGCUCCUGCCCCUUUCCCCCAGCUAAAGGACCUUCAGGAAUGCAGUAGGAUGUAUUAUAGAAGGGCUACAUGUAAGUGGAAUCUGUGAAAAAUAGGAUCCUCUGUUGGAAGCAAAUGUGCCUUUUUUGACCAAGAAGCCCUUUGGUUCCAUCCCAUCAUAUUUAAGCAGUAUUGAAUCUGUAACUUUGAUAUGGCAUUCCUUUUGAACAUGCUUUAAGUGUCAUUCCCCAAUUACUGAAACAGUGUAAUGACUAAAUAGUCCUGGUGAGAGAGAAUGACAGUUCAGUAACUUUUACUACUACUGUCUGCAGGAAGUAAUUGUGCAAGUUUAUUAUAUGUAUAUUUUACUUGUAGAUGUCUUAAGUAGAAUAGUUUUUCAAGUUGUGUUGUAACUUUGAGUAAACAAUUGUUGGAAGAUUCUCAAUAUAGCUUUAUUUUAGAGUUACUGCUUUUUGUAAUUGAAAUAGCCUAUAAUUAAAAAAAAAAACUCCCAAAACAA